AUGAAACAUUCGUCAAGCGAUGUACUGACACAACCACGAAAAGGCUACACCAGAUUGGAAAUGGCAGCCCGGACUAGUCACGAAACGCUUCUUGCACUACUUCUCAAGGCAGGGGCUACUAUCAAUUCAAAAGACCCAAAGGGCUUUACCCCACUUGCACGUGCCGCUGAGUAUGGCCAUGAAGUAGCUGUCCAGGUCCUUCUCAACCAAGGGGCGAAGAUCGAGUUGGAGAACAACAAGGACUUUUCUCCGUUAUCAAUUGCAGCGUGGAAGGGCCACGAAACAGUCAUUCAGGUGCUUCUUGGCGCGGGAGCGGAUACCGAGUCGAGAGACUAUGAUCGAGAUACGCCAUUAUCAAACGCAGCACAUCAUGGUCACACAGCAGCGAUCCGAGCACCUAUUGACGGAGGUGCAAAGAUAAACCCAACUAACAAAUAUGGCCACACUCCAUUACGGCGUGCAGCUCAAAAUGGUCACAAAAUAGCUGCUCGAGUAGUUCAGAAUGCAGGGGCCAGGUAA